AUGGCGGCGGCGGCGGCGGCGGCCGGGGCGGGAGCGGCGGCGGCCCCGCCGCGGGGCGUCCGCGCCUGGCUGCGGAGCGCCUUCCGCUUCGCCACCGACCGCAACGACUUCCGCAGGAACCUGCUGCUGAACCUGGGGCUGUUUGCCGCGGGGGUCUGGGUGGCGCGGAACCUGACCGACAUCGACCUGAUGGCCCCGCAGCCGGUCCCGUAGCCCCGGAAGGAGCCGGAGCUGCCGGGAGCGGAGCUCGCCCUCCCACCAGGAAUGGAGCCGUGGAGCUGCUCUGAUCCCACCUGGAACUGCCCAGAUCCCACCUGGAACUGCUCUGAUCCCACCUGGAGCUGCUCUGAUCCCCCUGGAGCUGCUCAGAUCCCUUUGGAGCUGCUCUGAUCCCCCCUGGAGCUGCUCUGAUCCCCCUGGAGCUGCUCAGAUCCCUUUGGAGCUGCUCUGAUCCCCCUGGAGCUGCUCUGAUCCCACCUGGAGCUGCUCAGAUCCCUUUGGAGCUGCUCUGAUCCCACCUGGAGCUGUUCUGAUCCCUUUGGAGCUGCUCUGAUCCCACCUGGAGCUGCUCUGAUCCCCCCUGGAGCUGCUCUGAUCCCCCCUGGAGCUGCUCUGAUCCCACCUGGAGCUGCUCAGAUCCCUUUGGAGCUGCUCUGAUCCCCCUGGAGCUGCUCUGAUCCCUUUGGAGCUGCCCAGAUCCCACCUGGAGCUGCUCAGAUCCCUUUGGAGCAGCUCAGAUCCCUUUGGAGCUGCUCUGAUCCCACCUGGAGCUGCCCAGAUCCUUUUGGAGCUGCUCUGAUCCCACCUGGAGCUGCUCUGAUCCCACCUGGAGCUGCUCUGAUCCCCCUGGAACUGCUCUGAUCCCACCUGGAGCUGUUCUGAUCCCUUUGGAGCUGCUCAGAUCCCCCCUGGAGCUGCUCUGAUCCCCCCUGGAGCAGCUCUGAUCCCUUUGGAGCGGCUCAGAUCCCACCUGGAGCUGCUCUGAUCCCUUUGGAGCGGCUCAGAUCCCUUUGGAGCUGCUCUGAUCCCACCUGGAGCUGCUCUGAUCCCUUUGGAGCAGCUCUGGUCCCCCCUGUGCUGCCUGGAGCAGUGACAAGGACAAAAGGUUUAAUGCUGAGAGGGAGAAUUGAUUUCCCAUCCAUUCAUUCAUCCCUUUGGGAAUUGUUUCCUCGAGGAUGUGCAUGGAAUUUCCUUCUGUACCCCCCACCCCCAGAUGUUUAUUAAAUUUUAUGGAAUAACAACACAA